AUGGUUUUUGAACAUACUGGUGGGAUGGUGUUCAAAACAUACGAAUUUGACCCUAGUGCUUGUGAGAAAGAGUACUCUUCUGCGGGUUCUGAGAACUUGACAACAAACAAAGUACCUUGUGCUCAACCUCGUACCCUUCCAAACGUAGCAGGCAUCAAGGAUGCAGAGGAGGAAGCGGAGGAAGCAGUAGGGUCUUAUAACCCUGACAAUCCCCACUUCCGUAGAACAAUAAAUCGACGUAAUCUCCGCUGCAACAUCUUGAAAACUAGCGUGACCCUUAGGAAUGCUUCGGGAGGUGAAUGGCAAGUGAAACUUACAGCUUAUAGAACUGGCUAUAAAGCUGCUUAUACACAAGUUGUCAUGGCAAAAGGCUGGGGUGACUUUCAUAUGUCGAAUCAGCUCAAGAUAGGCGAUGUUUGUUUAUUUGAACUUGAUCGUUCCACUACUCUUGGAAGUCCCAGUAAUGCCGUCAUGAAUGUUCGAGUCCUGUCAAACAAUAUUCCAUCCACUUCCUGA